AUCCGAAACAAUAAACUCAAAAUAUGAUGAUGGUUUCUAGCAAAACAUUCUCUUCGCUUCAGUUUUUCACUCUUUUGUACCUCUUUACAGUUACUUUUGCUUCCACUGAUGAAGCAACUGCCCUCUUGAAAUGGAAAGCAACUUUCAAGAACCAGAAUAAUUCCUUAUUGACUUCAUGGAUGCCAAGUUUUAAUGCAUGUGAGGACUGGUAUGGAGUUAUAUGCUUUAAUGGGAGGGUAAACACGUUGAAUAUUACAAAUUCUAGUGUCAUUGGUACACUCUAUGCUUUUCCGUUUUCAUCCCUCCCUUUUCUUGAAAGUCUUGAUCUUAGCAUGAACAAUUUCUCGGGAACCAUUCCACCUGAGGUUGGUAAUCUCACUAAUCUUGUCUAUCUUGACUUGAACAUUAAUCAGAUUUCAGGAACAAUCCCACCACAAAUCGGUUCACUGGCCAAGCUUCAGAUCCUCCGUAUAUUUGACAACCAUUUAAAUGGCUCUAUUCCUGAAGAAAUAGGUUACCUAAGGUCUCUUACUAAGCUAUCUUUGGGUAGGAACUUUCUUACUGGUUCUAUUCCUACUUCAUUGGGAAAUUUGAACAACUUGUCUUUUUUGCUUCUUUAUCAAAAUCAACUUUCUGGUUCUAUUCCUAAAGAAAUAGGUUACUUGAGGUCUCUUACUAAUCUAUAUUUGGGUAAUAACUCUCUUAAUGGAUCUAUUCCUGCUUCAUCAGUGUGCAAUCUGACAUCACUGGAAGCGUUGUUUAUGUCGAGAAACAACUUGACAGGAAAAGUUCCACAAUGUUUGGGUAAUAUCAUUCGCCUCAAGGUUAUGACGAUGUCACAUAAUAAUCUCAGUGGAGAGAUCCCUUCAUCUAUUUCCAAUUUAACAUCACUACAAAUUCUAGAUUUGGGCAGAAACCAUCUGGAGGGAGCAAUUCCACAAUGUUUUAGCAAUAUUAGUAGCCUCCAGGCUCUUGAUAUGCAGAAUAACAAACUUUCUGGGACUCUUCCAACAAAUUUUAGCAUUGGAAGUUCACUUAUAAGUCUCAACUUUCAUUGCAAUGAACUCGAGGGGGAAAUCCCUCGAUCAUUGGCCAAUUGCAAAAAGCUGCAAGUUCUUGACCUAGGAGAUAAUCAUCUCAAUGACACAUUCCCCAUGUGGUUGGGAACUUUGCCAGAGCUGAGAGUUUUAAGAUUGACAUCGAAUAAAUUGCAUGGACCCAUAAGAUCUUCAGGUGCUGAAAUCAUGUUUCCUGAUCUUCGAAUCAUAGAUCUCUCUAACAAUGCCUUCUCGAAAGACUUACCAACGAGUCUGUUUCAACAUUUGAAAGGCAUGAGGACAAUUGAUCAAACAAUGAAGGUACCAAGUUAUGAAGGACAUGGAGAUUACCAAGACUCGACAAUUGUUGUAACAAAGGGAUUGAAGCUUGAAGUUGUGAAAAUUUUGUCGUUGUACACAGUUAUCAAUCUUUCAAACAACAAAUUUGAAGGACAUAUUCCUUGUGUUCUGGGAGAUCUCAUUGCGAUUCGGGUAUUGAAUAUGUCUCAUAAUGGAUUGAAAGGUCAUAUACCACUAUCACUUGGAAAUUUAUCUGUAGUGGAAUCCUUAGACCUUUCGUUCAACCAGCUUUCGGGAGAGAUACCACAACAACUUGCUUCUCUUACGUCUCUUGAAUUCUUAAAUCUCUCCCACAAUUAUCUCCAAGGAUGCAUCCCUCAAGGACCCCAAUUUCAUACCUUUGAGAACAGUUCAUUUGAUGGUAAUGAUGGAUUACGUGGAUUCCCCGUUUCAAAAGGUUGUGGCAAUGAUCCUGUGUCAGAGACAAACUUUACAGGGUCUGUGCUAGAAGAUCAAGAAAGAAAUUCUGAAUUGUUCAAUGAUUUUUGGAAAGCAGCUCUGAUGGGCUAUGGCAGUGGACUAUGUAUUGGAUUAUCCAUAAUAUAUUUCUUGAUAUCAACUGGAAAUAUGAAAUGGCUUGCAAGAAUCAUUGAAGAACUGGAACACCAAAUUAACACACGAAGGAGAAAGAAGCAGAGAGGUCAAAGGAAUUACAGAAGAAGAAAUAAUCGCAUCUACACAAGUUACCAGUAAAGAAGGAUU